GGGUUUCAUUCGUUGGCUUUGUUGGCUGUAUGCGAUGCAACAUAUAGGUUUACCUACGUCGAUGUUGGAGCAUACGGAAGUGAAGGAGACUGUAAUAUAUUCAGGAAUUCGCAAUUUGGGAGAAAUGACCUAAAUGAUCGACUCCCCUUCCCGGCCAAUGCAAUGUUAAAUGGAGUAUCAUUGCCGUUAUUUUUUGUAGCGGAUGAUGCAUUUCCGCUUUGCAAAAGAAUUAUGAAACCUUGUCACCUCCCCCUUGAGGGGGGGGCCAUUUUUGUUUCCAUUCCGUGCGGCGACUUUGUCAGCUGUUUUGCAGCUAUCGCGAGGCCGUCGGACGUGUGCAGGUUACAACCUUUCAACAAUAAGAACAUGCCUACCGAGGAGGUGAUUUACAAUUAUCGUCUUAGUCGAGCAAGGCGGUGCAUAGAAAACGCGUUCGGACUGCUUUGCACGAAAUGGGCAUGCCUGAAGAAGACUUUAUAUUGUGGCCCCGAUAGAGCUCAGAAGAUUAUGGCAGCAUGUUGCAUGCUAACUUUUUGAUUGAGGAAAAAUCGGUUGUGUACUGCCCACCUGGUUAUAUGGACAAGCUCGAUGCCAUGGGAAACAUAGUAGAAGGAGAGUGGCGAAAUCGAGUUAAUGAGAAUUCGCUGUUCCACUCUUCGGUUCCAGCGAGUGUCGGCAGAGCUCCAGAUUACGCGAAAUAUGUGAGAAACAACUUGAAAGAAUACGUCAAUUCUGAAUUCGGUUCUUUACCGUGGCAACAAAGAGCAGCGUACAUUUAAUUUUUACGAACCUAUGUUGUAGACUAAGUACUCCCUUGUAUACCAUAUCAAAUAUAUGAUUAUAUCGCUUAAUAAUAAUAAAAAAUAAUAUAAA